AUGGAGAACGGAGAGCGCGGGAAGACGCUCCUCCGGGAGUUCAGGGACCCGGAGAAGCUGCCGACGGAGCUGACGUUUAGGACGAACUACAGGGCGAAGUGGAAGUGUUUGAAGUGCAAGCAGGCGUGGAGGGCGAGGAUGGACAACCGCACGAGGAGCGUCAGACCCAGCGGGUGUCCGAAGUGCGCGAAUAAAACGCCGCGAAAGCCGAUGAGUAAUUCCAACAAUUUCCUCACGUGGUGUAACGCCAACGGCGACCGAGGCAAGAAGCUCCUGAGAGAGUACGUGGACCCCGACAGGGAGCCGACGCAAGUUACGAAGGCGUCGAGAUACAAGGCGCUGUGGAAGUGUGAGACCUGCGAGCACGAAUGGAGAGCAUGGAUGUACAGUCGCACGACGACGAGUGUCAGACCCAGCGAUUGCCCGCAGUGCAACCUUCGAGGUCGAAAGAAGAAGCGCCAGCGCGACGACUGA